AGCGACGCCAGUUCUGCUUCCUUUGUAAAACAAGAUGAUACUCGAGACAUGGCACCUAUCAUAGGGGGAGAGGCGUGGGAUCGGAUCCGCAACUCUCGUUACACGAAGGAAGACUGCCUUCGGAACGUAUCCGUCUAUAACUGGGCGAUGGGGCUUUCUGCGCUAUGUCGGGCUUUCGGAAUGCUGGACGAAAUGUGGCAUAUGAGGCAGGUUUACCAGGGCCUUGAUGCGGGUCUGCGAUCACUCGUCUCGGCCCCCAGUUCUACGGUUAGCUUUGACGACUACAUCAACCACAUUGCCGAGAACAAUCUUAUUUGGCGAUCUAUCCUGCUAGAAGGAGGCAACGAGCUGCUAGCCGACAACACCUGUCUUGCUGACACCGAAGAAACCAAUAGUGGCAAUUCCAAUGAUAACUUCCACUCGUCAGGUAACCAGUAAGAUAUGGCAUAAGGGAUGGUCUUCAACAUUAAGUACCUACAUUUGUUAGACGCCGUGACAGACAAGAUAUUUAAGGCCUUAAAGCAGCGCGUAAUGUAAGGUCAGUUCCGAACACGCCGUAAAAGGUGGAUAGAAUAUUAGGUAGC